AUGGCGGCCGAGUUCGCAAACUUCUACAUUCGUAUCAACGCCAUGUCUCCUGGGAUUGUGCCCUCAGGAAUGACUCCCGACGACGGCACUUCCAAUCUGCGCUUAGCAGGCGAGACUCCGGCCAAGCGGGCAGGAAACGAAGAGGACAUGGUCGGGUGCGCGCUUUGGCUAAUGCGCAAGGCAGGUGCUUUCAUGGACGGAAAGGUAGUUCGAGUUGAAGGCGGAAGGUUGCUUAUUCUUAAAGGCGUCACUUCCAACUCAGAUUAA